GAGGAGUCCGGGUCACAGCCACAGCGGCUUCGCUGCGUCUGUAGGCGUGGUACCGCUUGGAGAACGGAUCUGUGCCGGCGAGUGCGGACGGGUUGACGCAGUCAUGGCCUUCGUCACCUGCCGGGUCCAGUUCUUGGACGACUCGGAUCCGUUUAUCUGCACAAACUUUCCCGAACCGCGGAGACCGCCGACUGUGGACCUGGUGGAGAACCUGCCGCUCAGCGAGCAGAUCGCAGGGAUACACAAGCUCCUGGAGGCGCCGCUGAAGCUGGAGGACUGCUCCCUGCAGCUGUCUCCUAGUGGCAGCUACCUGGACCUGGACCUGUCUCUGUCCGAGCAGAGAGACGAGCUGGAGAGUUUCUACGAGGACGUGACGAAAGGAAAGAAGCCCGUCCUGAUUCUGAGGACUCAGCUCUCCGUCCGCGUUCACGCCGUCCUCGAGAAGCUGUACAACUCUCAGGGUCCAGAACUCAGACGGUCUCUGUUCUCUCUCAAACAGCUGUUCCAGGAUGAUAAAGACCUGGUUCCAGAGUUCGUGGCAUCUGAAGGUUUGACGUGUUUCAUCAAAGUUGGAGCAGAAGCUGACCACAACUACCAGAACUACAUUCUGAGAGCUCUCAGUCAGAUAAUGCUAUUUGUGGACGGGAUGAACGGAGUCAUAAAUCACAAGGAGACGGUGCAGUGGCUCUACACGCUGACAGGAAGUCUGUCUCGCCUGGUGGUGAAAACUGCCCUGAAGCUGCUCAUCGUGUUUGUCGAGUACGCCGAGUCCAACAGCGCCCUGCUCAUCAAGGCCGUGGACGUGGUGGACACACGCAGAGGCGUGAGUCCGUGGAGCUAUGUGAUGGAGGUUCUGCAGGAGAGGAACGGUUCCGACACCGAGCUGCUCAUGUUUGCCAUGACUCUCAUCAACAAGGUUCUGGCAGCGCUGCCUGACCAGGACUCCUUCUACGACGUGACGGACAGUCUGGAGCAGCUGGGGAUUGAGACAGUCAUCCAGAAACACAUGAAGAAGACGGGUACAGAACCAGAACUCAGGGCCCAGUUCAGCAUCUAUGAGGUGGCUCUGAAGCACGAAGAUGGGGAAGUGGACGACUCAUCGCUCCACCUCCGUAAGGAGAGGAGAAAGGCCACAGGGGAGCAGGAAGGACGAAGGAGACGCCGCUCAUCCAGUCAGAACCUCCCAGACCUGCUGCCAUCCUCAGCGGGCUCCUCCCGCUCCGCAUCUCCCACUACACACCUGUCUCCCACCAGCACAGACCCCGCUGGAUCCGGUCCUAGCCCCACAUCGGGUCCCGGCAGCAGGCCUUCAUCUCCGCUGACCUCUGAUUCCAGCAGCUCUGCCUGCAGUCCGGCCGGGUCCAAAAGAGGUUCUCCUGUGCCCCCUCAAACUGCCUCCAAUGGUACCGUGUCCACAGACCAGGACACAAAGACCCCGUCCAGUCCGGGUCGCUCUUUUCUCAGUCACCACAUGUCGGCUCUGGGUCUGAGCAGAAAGUCCAGGCUCUUCUCCAAAUCCAGUUCUAUCUCUGAAGAGUCUUCAUCCGUCUGCAGCCCGUCCUCCCCAGAUCUCUCUCUCCAGGACAAGUCCUCUCAGUUGAACUCGGAGCAGCCGACCAGCAAGACGGAGACUAAACCCAGUUUCAACUCUGAGGAGGAGGAUCAGCCCUACUGCUCAGAUGACUGUAAUAUGGACAAACCUGUUCUGAGGAAGUUUGCAGACACCUUCCUGCACCGCCUGGCAGCCACACAGUGGGAGAAGAAGCGGAGGAGCAGACAUCUGAGCCAGGCCAGGCUGUCCACAACUGAUGACAUCAUAACCCCAAGCCCAGAGCCGGCAUCAGAGAAGGGCGGCGAUGUCUCAGCGGAGGAGUCGAAGAGUCCCGCUCCGUUGGUGCAGCGUCAGUGCAGCACCUUGUCCAACGAUAAGAGGUUUCUGCUGGACAUGCUCUUCUCCAAGAUGAGCCCAGCAGCUGCUGCUUCAGGAUCAGAGGGAGAAGCCAGCUUCCAGCCCAGUUGUGGGGACCCAGGUGGUCGGGGUCUGGUGCUGGAUCGUCUGUCUGACCUCAGAGCACAUUCAGAUGAGUCCUCCAGCGCCAGCCUGGCAAAAGCCUCCCUGAGGACGGAGCUAGAGGGUCUGGAAGGUUCUGCUCAGGCAGCACGGGCCCGACUCGCUGAAGAGACGCAGAACCAGCGCCUUCGGCACCAGUCCACCGUGGACACCGAGACCAACUCCCAGUGGCCGGAGUUGACCCCACCCACUCCUCUGGGCCCCAAGGCCCCAGCUGAUGCCUGGGACCAGCUGCAGCCCAGCUCUGACGCCCUGCGCAUCAAAGACCUGGACUUCUCAGACCUGCUGGACGAGGAAGACGUGGACGUCUUGGACAUGGACACCUUCGACUCCUCCUCCCGCUUAUCUGGGAUCCCUCCCCCUCCUCCUCCCCCCCCCCCACCACCACCGCCGCCACCUCCUCCCCCACCUCCUCCCCCACCUAGCGGCAUAGCCCCUCCUCCACCACCGCCCCCCCCUCCACCAGGUGCACCGGCUCCCUCGUUUCUGGCAGCGUCUCAGAAGAAGAAGAAACUGGUGAAGUUGUUCUGGAAGGAGCUGAAGCAGGCGGAUGGGCCUCAGAAGUGUCGGUUCGGUCAGGGAACAGUGUGGGCGUCUCUGGACAAGGUGGCUGUGGACACCAUCCGCCUUGAACACCUGUUUGAGUCCAAAGCCAAGGAACUGGCUAUUUCCAAGAAAGGACCUGAAACGAAAAAGGCUGAGAUUCUGGUUCUGGACUCGAAGCGCAGUAAUGCCAUCAACAUCGGUAUGACGGUCUUGCCGGCCGUUCACGUCAUCAAGACGGCCAUCCUCAACUUUGAUGAGUUUGCCAUCAGCAAAGAGGGAAUUGAGAAGAUCCUGACCAUGACCCCCACGGAAGAGGAGAAGCAGAAGAUCCAGGAGGCCCAGCUGGCCAAUCCUGAUGUGCCUUUGGGCACAGCGGAGCAGUUCCUCUUCAGCCUAGCCUCCAUUAGCGCCCUGGUCCCCCGCCUGCAGCUCUGGGCAUUCAAGCUCAACUACGAGUCUCUGGAGAAGGAGAUUGCUGAGCCCCUGUUCGACCUGAAGCUAGGCAUGGAGCAGCUGGCCUCCAACCAGACCUUUAAGAGGAUCCUGGCAACGCUGCUCGCCAUCGGAAACUUCCUCAACGGCUCCAACGCUAAAGGCUUCGAGCUGAGUUACCUGGAGAAGGUGGUGGAGGUGAAGGACACGGUCCAUCGUCAGUCUCUGCUGCAUCACACCUGCAACCAGGUGGUGGAAAAUGCCCCAGAAUCCACAGACGUCUACUCGGAGAUCCCCGCCAUCACUCGAUCUGCCAAAGUGGACUUUGAGCUGCUCUCAGAAAACCUGGCCCAGCUGGAGAAACGCUGCAAAGCAUCAUGGGACAACCUGAAGGUGGUCGCCAAACAUGAAACCAAGGCAGCGCUGAAGAACAAGAUGACGGAGUUCCUGAAGGACUGCACCCAGAGAAUCCUCAUCCUGAAGGUCGUCCACAGGCGGGUCAUCAACAGGUUCCACUCCUUCCUGCUGUUCCUGGGUCAGCCGUCUUCCUCGGUCAGAGACAUUAAAGUCACUGCUUUCUGUCGCAUCAUCAGCGAGUUCUCUCUAGAGUAUCGAACCACCAGAGAGCGGGUCCUUACUCUCAAACGGAAGCGGGCCACCCACCGAGAACGGACCAAGACCAGAGGCAAGAUGAUCACUGAGACAGAGAAGUUUUCUGGGGCCGUGUGUCAGGAGGACAGCCCCACCCCAGUGUCCACCAUGUCCGACGUGGGCCAGGAGGAGGAGCACGAGAACAUGAAGAACCUGCUGAUCAGCACCAGGGACUCUAUGGAUCAGACAGGCAUUCGGCGCUCAAGGGCCGUUCGCAGUCUGGGCAGGGUGAGUCCAUGUGUCAUGUCGGUAGCCAAAGAGGACGGGACCAACUCCCACGACGACGCCACAGACGAGAUCAUGGAUCGACUGGUUAAGUCUGUAACCCAGAACCCUUCGGACCGACCGUCCAGUCCCAAGACCCGUAAACGGUCCAGACUCAACAGGAAGUCCAUGAGGAGGACUCUGAAGAGUGGUCUCACUGUGGACGUGGUCCAGGCUCUGGGGCUCAACAAGACCGGAGAGAAAGUCUGAGCUGGACUCUACUGAUCCACCGAGACCAUGUUUGGACAGAACCAUGGAUCGGUGUCUGCGGAGGCUGGCUUGUUCACAACAGAUCCAUCACAUUUGAACCAGAACACAUCAGGACGAUAGAAGCUUCAAAUUGUAUUUAUGAACAUUAUAAACUUUUCACAGCGAGACGCCAACGAUCUUCACUUUACACACAAAGUCUUUAUUUCACGUUCACUAAUGUUCACAGCAAUGAGUUCUCGAUGUUUCUCUGAUUUAACUUAUUCACUGAAGGGAACUGCACAUGGAGGUGAUGAUGUUUUGGUUUGACCCAAACUGAAGCCAACCCGGGUUUCACAAAGGUACAGCAGCGAGUGUGCGUGCGUGUGUGCGUCUUUUAACCUGACAGACCUGAACGUUGACGGUUUUAACUAGCACCACCAGGUGUUGCUAAAUUAGCACCACCAGGUGUUGUGCUGAUGUGAAGUGCUGAGGAUGAAAUGAACCAAUAAAGUGUUUUCAUUAAUUUCA